AUAAAAUGGGCAAAAUCUGUCCGCUGAUGGGACCAAAAAUGUCGGCUUUCUGCAUGGUCAUGUCGGUGUGGGGAGUAAUUUUCCUGGGCCUUCUCGGUGUUUUCUUCUACAUUCAAGCCGUCACUCUCUUCCCAGAUCUUCAUUUCGAAGGACACGGAAAGGUUCCAUCGAGUGUAAUCGACGCAAAAUAUAACGAGAAAGCAACACAAUGUUGGAUUGCAGCCGGACUCUAUGCAGUUACUCUUAUUGCAGUCUUUUGGCAGAAUAAAUACAACACGGCACAAAUCUUUUGAGCCUUCUAUAUCUGCAUCAAUUGUUCACAUCGUCGUAUCCUGAUUCUCUCGCGAUCCAUAAUUUUUCGAAUUUCCCCCUUAAAAUCGUCUCUGCUUUUAGAGACGUGCUCAUUUCCACCCAUAUAAUUGUAUUCUGUAGCAUAAGAGUCCCAUCCGACAUUCCAUCAGUUCAUUUUCCUGUAUAUGUUUCUAAAGUCUUCCAAAUCAAUUUUAGUGAUGAAUAUUUUCGCCUUCUAUGAUUGAUAUUCUCAGAUAACAAUUCAUUCGUA